UACGUCAGGCUGAAGUACAGUAACCACGCCCAUAAGUGUCUUAGCAACGCGUCGCUGAUUGGCUGCCUGUCAGGACAACGAGUCCUGUUACCGUUCGCGCCAUUGCUUACAGUGUCUGAGCGCGGGAAUUUCCAUUCAGUCGAGACCCAGUGAAGCUUCUACCGUAUUGUCGGGUGUAUACGCGCAGUUACCGGGUCCCGGUUGCUGGCUCUCUGUGUUUACGGUCUAAUCUUCCGUCUGCCUCCGUCCGGGCUUGUCCACCAAGGCUAAGGCCUGUCUGGAUCCAACAUUACGAUUUCUGCUUCUUGUCGUCCAUCACUGUCAUGCCUGUGUCUGUGGAGAAAAUCCAGGAGGAGCUCGGUGUCUUCGGCGUCAGUUUUGAAGAUGAAGACGUCUCCGAAAAACUGGUAGAACUUUGUUCUCUUCAUCGGCUUACCGAAGAAAAGCUGGUCUGUGAAUGGAUGGCUUACAGUACUACUAGAAAUGUACAACUCACUGUUUCCAAUCUCUGUUCUAUGGAGAAUGAAGUUCUCAACAAAAAAAAUUUGAGACGUCCAAAUGUAAAAAAAGAGAAACAUUGUGGCAGUUGGGACAUUAACAGCAUUCAAGAGCUUAUUGAGGUAGAGACUGAAGAGGAAAACCUUCUAGAUUCAUAUUCCACUCCUGCAAAAGGAUCUCAGAAACGCAUCUUAUCUACACCUGAGAAUCCACAAUCGAAACGUGUUCCUUCCAUGACCCGGAGUCCCCAUCUCCUCUUCUCACCGGCCACUUUCUCACCCAGUGCCACCCCAUCACAGAAGUAUAGCUCUCGCUCAAACCGUGGUGAAAUAGUGACCUCAUUUGGAGAAACGCAAGGAACGUCAUGGAGUGGUGGAAGUGGCAAGUAUACUAAAGUAGAACUCAUAACUCUACAAGAGGAAGAGUCACUGACUAAAUCAUACAAGUACAUGUUUCAGAAGUUGACAGAUAUCAGAGAUGCUGUGGGAAGUAGAAUUGAAGAGCUUGGUGAAGCACUGAAGAAUCAUUUCCAUAUUGAAGAAUUAACAUCUGUCUCUUUUCCUGCUCAAGAGACUGUGACCGUGCUUGGACAGAUUGGCUGUGAUAGCAAUGGUAAAUUGAACUCCAAAUCGGUCAUUCUUGAGGGAGAUCGGGAGCAUUCAUCAGGAAUGCAGGUUCCAGUCGACCUGUCAGAGUUGAAGGAAUAUUCACUGUUUCCUGGACAGGUUGUAGUAAUGGAAGGUACGAACAGCACUGGAAGAAAAUUUGUUACUUCAAAACUGUAUGAGGGAGUUCCACUUCCCUUCUACCAACCAAACAUUGAUCCUGAAGACUGCUCUCAGCAGAUGAUAAUUACCGCCUGCGGACCAUUCACCACAUCGGACACCAUCACUUAUGAUGCCCUAAAGGACCUGGUGGAUGUUAUUAAUAGAGACCGUCCAGAUGUCUGCAUUCUGCUUGGGCCAUUUUUGGAUUCAAAACAUGAGCAGGUUGAGAACUUGCAGCUGACAAUCACCUUUGAGGAGGUGUUUAAAUCCUGCCUGAAAAUGAUCAUUGAAGGAACGCGAUCAUCUGGUUCCCAUUUGGUGUUUGUUCCCUCUGUCAGAGAUGCCCACCAUGAUCCUGUGUACCCUCAACCCCCCUUUAGCUGUUAUGAGACUGCCAAAGAAGAUAAGCAGAGAGUGCACUUCGUGGCUGAUCCUUGUACUUUAUCGGUCAAUGGUGUGGCAGUGGGAUUUACAUCCACAGACCUGCUCUUUCACAUGGGUGCAGAGGAGAUCAGCAGCGGUAGUGCGGGGGCUCCAGACAGAUUUAGCCGGAUCCUCAAACAUAUACUGACUCAGCGGAGCUACUAUCCUUUGUAUCCACCACACGAGGAGAUUAACAUUGACUAUGAAGCACACUAUAACUAUGCAAUCAUGCCAGUCACACCAGACGUCUUUAUUAUACCAUCAGAACUCCGUUUUUUCAUCAAGGAUAUCUCGGGCAGCAUCUGCAUUAAUCCAGGCCGCCUAACAAAAGGAACAGUGGGAGGAACAUACGCCCGCUUUUUAGUCAAGAAGGAGACCACUGGUACGGCAGAAAGGAAAUCCCCCUGCAUAUCUGCUCAAGUCGUUAAAAUAUAACCUAUUUUCAAAAAGAAAGACUUAAUAUUUCUUGGUGGACUAAGCUGGACAAAUGGAACCAGGAAUAAAAUAUGUGCAUGGCCACAAGAGAAGCCCCGGAGUGUGUGAGGUUCUCAGUCUAACACUCAUCCCCCCCCCACGCCAGGUGACCACAUGAUCUCAGCAGAAAAACAUGUGGAUCCUUGCAAGAAAAAUGACAACCCGCAUUUUGUUUUCUCCCUGUAUUUGUAUCAUAGGCAAGUGCUAUACCACACACAGGCCCAGAGCUAGACUGCGUAAGGACGCGGCUUUCUAUGCAGGGAAGCAAAGAUUUAUUAGAACAAGUGCCCACAGAGACCGACCGGGAAAGGAAAGCUGGUUGCUUAAGUGCUUGUUGUGAUAAAAUCUCCCAUGAUGUGGAGGUGUCACAUUCUAGAUUACAAGUUUCCAAGAGAACGCUUUCAUUGUUAGAAAUCAUCAUUCCCAAAUGGCACCAGGUAUAAUUUGCCCCUUUUUAAUUUGUUGUGUGCCACUUUGUAAUGCUCCAUACCACAUUGUAUUACAGAGAGAUUCUCCCCUACAAGUAAGGCUAGGUUCACACUUUGAAAUUGCAGGCGGAAAUUCCGCUUGCUAAAAUGUAUAGUGUAGUGAAUGGGUUUCCGUUCACAUUUCGGAAUUUGUGAACUGAAAAUCCGCUUGGAAAUUUCCAAGGCAUUGCUCUUUCUUCAGGACGGAACACAUUGCAGUCUAAUGGAGACUGCAGUGGCCGCGCGGUCCUAGCCCCGACUGAUUCAAUCAGCGCUAGCCGCACUUGGAAUCUCCGGGCGGAUAUAUUCUGCCCGGAGAUUCCGCAGUGUGAACCUAGCUUGACACUGUAAUAUGGUGUCAUAUGGAACACUCUUCAGAAUCUGAAGCCUCGGUAUACAACUAUAUAUAAUCUUAUGCAGAUGGAGGCCUACAGCUCUGUAGAAUGCAGCCAAACACAACAAAAACACAAAAAUAAGUCCAUAUUACCUUAACGUGAGACUAGCUUUACUUUUCCCUUCAGGAAUGAAUGGCACAUUGCCCAGCUGAGCGCUUCCUCACUUUUGUUCAAGCAGUCGGUGAGGAUCUCAGCACCCAGACCCUCACCAAUCCAAACUCUGUGACUUGUCAAAAGUUGGGGUAUACUAUAGAUAUAGAGGCAGUGUACAUGCUGGUCCACUGCCCCAUUCACAUGGGGGGCACAAAGGAUCGGUUUGUGAUUGGGGAGGGUCCCAGGGGUCAGAUGCAGCACUGUCGUGUAAAAUGGGACCAGUGAAUGGAGGAUUAAUUCCACAUAAGAUUUACAAUUAACCACAAGAAUCUUAUUUUACCAUCCACCUUGUAUUUAAAACAUAUAACUUUUAUUGCCUGAAAAAAUGAUUACAAUUGUCUAUCACACAGUUCUCAUUGUGAUAAAGCAGCUUUGCUGCAAUUGUAUUUCUUAUGGAGUAUGGCUGCAGUCCAUACCUAAACUCCUUUGCUGAGAACUGUGGCAGAAUAUUAAAAUCUAAAGACGCAUACCCCGUCCAGGUCCAGUGUAGGUAUGGACUGCAGCCAUACCACUCAAUAAGAAAUACAAUUGCAGCGAAGCUGCUUUAUCACAAUAAUAGAGGCACAAUGAGAACUGUGUGAUUAAACAAUUUUAAUCAUUUUUCAGACAAUAAAAAUUGUUUUAAAUACAAGGUAGAUGGUAAAAUAGGAUUCUAGUGGUCACCUUAGUAACCAAUUGUAAAUAAGAUCUAGCACUGAUCACAGUGGAUAGGUGAUGGCUUCUUACCAUAAUAAUGCCCACCUUUCAGGAAUACACAUCUUAAUACACUCCAUUGUUGCUGAAUACACAUUAGGCUACGGUGCUCAUUGCCGUCUUAUGGCUGUCGGGUUCACAAGUGUCUGGUCACAGGGACAGGGCCUCAAUGUGCUUUUUCAGAAACCCCCCAAGGCCAUGUUCACACGUCCCAAAUUCUGCCGGAGAUUCCGCAGCAGCAGAGUCCCAUUGUAUUCAAUGGUAUUCUGCUGCGCUGUGCACAGAGCAGAAUUCUGUGGAAUGUCUGCGUGGAGACUUUCCAUGUGAAUCUAUUCACACGUACAGUCUAUUCACACGUACAGUAUCAUGCACAUAUUUGAUGCGCAGGAUUUGAAGCUGCAGACUUCAAUGUAAAAUGACUGAACACCGCUUCAAACCUGCAGCUUAAAUGCCUGCAAAUCAAAUAUGCGCAAGAUACCGUACAUGUGAGUACACCUUUAUGGCCUAUUCACACCUACAAUAUUCUGCUGCAGAUUUCAAUGUAAACUGAAUGACUGAACACAGCUUGAAAUCCUGCGCAUCAAAUCUGCGCAGAAUACUGUACGUGUGAAUAGACCCUUAGGCUGCGUUCACAUUGGCGGUUACCUGUGGGAUUUCCACAGAAGAUUUUCUGCAGCAGAAUAUAUUGAUCUUAGAGGGGUCUGCUGUGUGUAAUCCACCCCGUCACCGUACCCGAAGGUUAUGUUUAUAUGGGAGAAUGUCCGCCUAGAAAAUCAGAACAUGCCAGACAUAGGACCGUGCCGGAAUCCGCCAUCUAUCUACAAGUCCUAUUCUUUUUGUGGAUGCCGGAAUUCCAUUUUUAAUGAAUGGGACUCUGCUGCAGCGGAAUAUUCCCACGGAGUUCUGCUUGGAAUUUCUGCCAUGUGGAAAAAUUUUUUACAACAGAAUAAGAAAGUGACAAACAUGAAUCCCCUUUUGACCAUUCCAGUGUUUCCCAACCAGGGUGUCUCCAGCUGUUGCAAACUACAACUCCCAGCA